UAUUUGCAAAAGAGCAUUUAGAUACUAUAUUAUUGCUGUAAUAGAAAAAUGUGCAAAUAUUGAAUUUAUUUUUAAAUUAAGUUAAAUCAAAUCAAUAUGCUUUGCUUUGAAGGGAAAUUAAGUUUAGUUUGUUUUUCUGUUACUGCCAUUACAAUAUUUACUUUACUAGCACCACAAUUAUUUUUUCAAAUAGUUCCAAAUAAAUACAAUGCUAUAUUUUGGGGACCGGCUUUUUAUUAUGCUCUCAUCAAUAUGAUUUUGAGAUAUAAAUUAAAAGGAGAUUCAUAUCAAAUUGGAAUACGUGCAUCAUUUUUAGGAUUUACUUUUACAGUUAGUGCCCUAAUUUUGUGCUAUGCUCCUUUUCAAUAUAAAAGUUUUGGAAUAUAUGGAAUGACUAUGUCAUUAUUCCAUUACACAGAAUUCUUAACGUUAGCUUGGUCAAACCCAGAAAAUUUAUCAGUUAGUAGCUUCAUUUUAAAUCAUUCAGUUCAGUAUGCUAUUGCUGCCAUUUCAAGUUGGAUAGAAUUCAUAGUAGAAAUAUAUUUUUGGCCGAAUAUGAAAUGUUAUUGGAUAUUAUGGGUUAUCGGUUUCACUAUAUGCUUUAUUGGUGAAUUUCUAAGAAAAUUGGCUAUGAUAACAGCAAAACGCAAUUUUACUCAUUUGGUACAAUUUGAGAAAAGAAAAGGCCAUAAAUUAAUUACACAUGGUAUAUACAGGAUUAUGAGACACCCAUCAUAUGUAGGAUGGUUCUGGUGGUCAAUUGGCACUCAGAUAAUAUUAUGCAAUCCUAUUUGCACCAUACUUUAUACAAUUGUAAGUUGGAAAUUUUUCAGUGAGAGAAUUUAUAUAGAAGAAAUAACAUUAAUAAACUUUUUCGGAAAACAAUAUUUCGAUUAUCAAAAGAAGGUUGGCAUAGGAAUACCAUUUAUUAAAGGAUAUCAACUGGAAUAAAUUUUUAAAAUGAAAAAAAAAAAUUGUAUUUUGUACUAAAUUUUUUUAUUUUAUAUAUCUACAUUAUGUAUUAUAAAUUUGUAAAAAUGUAUUCCAAAAUAAUUUUUUAAUAGAAGAUUGUAUAUAAAUUCCAUUUUUUAUACUAGAAAUCGAAUUAAUUUUAAUAUUUUAAAUGGAUUAAAAAUUCUGUUAAA